AUGGCGCCCUUGGACGAAAUACAGGUCGGCGACGUCGUCAACGUUCCCGGCGGGAUGCACGGCACCGUGAAAUUCGUCGGCGUCGUCACUGGUAAGCCGGGCAGGUUUGCGGGCAUCGAGCUUGCCCCGGAACACGCCAAACGUGGGAAGAACAGUGGUGAUGUGGACGGGAAGAAGUACUUUACGACCGCUACGGCAGGAUCGGGUAUCUUUGUGCCCCUCAACAACAAUAAAUACGUGACUAGACGCUCCGCUUCAAACCCUCCCACGACCCCCUCGCGCCCGGUCAACUUCAGCAAAUCCGUCGGCCCUGGUGCCUCGGUGCCUCGGCCACCGCGGAUGAGACGCCCUUCCCUGCCCCGACCGGAGUCCCCACGAGUGACCGCGCCGCCGAAGCUCAGUCUGUCGGGAUUGCGAACUCCCUCUGCCGCAUCGAAGACCCCUACCUCCAACGGUUUUUCACGAAGUCCUGUCAAGGCACCGUCUCGCGCGUCUGAUCGUCCGCCGUCCCGGUUCAGCGUUGAAGACGGCCCGUCCUCGGCUAGGACCUCGGAGUUCGGGCGGAACUCUAUGGGAGCGGAGAUAUCAGAUCUUAAAGAGCAGGUUAAGGCUCUAGAGAGGCAACUCCUGGAACGCGAUAAACAGCUGGACGAGCAGGCAAUUACGCUAUCAGAGUUCCAGAGAACGUUAGAGGAACUGGAGGGAUCGGAUGCGUUGUCGAUUCGCGCCCAACUACGAGAGAAGAAUGAACGUAUCGCGCAAUUGACUAUGGAGUUUGACAUGCACCGCGCUGACUUUAGGAGCACGCUCGACACGUUAGAAGUGGCGGCUUCGGAGACUGAGCGGGUAUACGAGCAGCGGAUUGACGAGCUCAUGCAGCAGAAUAAGGAGCUGCAGGAACGCGGGGAGGAUGUCGAGGCCGUUGCACAACAGCUCAAGCAGCUAGAAGAGCUAGUCUCAGAGCUGGAGGAGGGCCUGGAAGAUGCACGCCGUGGAGAAGCCGAGGCCAGAGCGGAGGUGGAGUUCCUACGCGGUGAGGUCGAACGAACAAAACUGGAAUUGAAAAAGGAAAGGGAUAGUUCCGGCGUGCCUAGGGAGAGCCGCAUGAGCCCAGACGGACAUUCACGGGAGCUCGAGCAGAAGGACGACGAAAUCCGCGGACUGAAAGCAAUUAUCCAUUCUUUGAGCAGGGGGGACCCUGACUUGCAUGCGCUGCAGCAGAACGGAUUCGGCCCCCGGCCAGAUCACAAUGCAGACCAUGUGGCUGAUCUCGAGGAGCGGGUCCAAGAGUUUGAAAGAGCCAACGAGCAUAAGACAUACCGCAUUGAAGAGCUCGAGCGCGAGUUGCAGCAACUUCAGAUCAACGGAAGCAGUCGCAACCGAAGUUCUACCAUUACGCAGUCCAGCGCGCAGCACAAACCCACCGGCUCAGUAGGGAAGAUCAGUAACGGACAUACCAUCAACCAUGCGCACCGACUGUCUGACCGCACUGUUGUUCCAAGUGACUGGCAAGAUGAGGAUCAGCAGGAUGGCCUUUACCAAUCAUACCCAUCCCACCGCCGCGGCGCCUCAGACACAUCCGCUCGGCUGGAAACGAUGCACGAAUCCGACGCGCAAGAAUCUGACACUCGCUCGGAGGACGGCGGUUCCCUCUGGUGUGAGAUUUGCGAGACUGGCGGCCACGACAUCUUGAGCUGCACCAAUAUGUUUGGCGCAGAGGCCAAGAACAAACCCAGUGAGACGGAGGAGCCCUCACACGACGACAGCUUCGCCGACGAGAAGCUUUCCGCACACUCCCCGUCGUCGAGUCGCAGUCAAGGCGCCACUUCCCAGAAAACCGGUCGCGAUGUUGUCCUUGAAGGGCUUCGCGGAGUGGGACUGACGUCGUCCAUGGCUCCUGUCGCAGGCAAGGCCAGCGGAGUGAUUGACGACACAAAAUGGUGUGCUCUCUGCGAGCGCGACGGACAUGAGAGCAUAGACUGCCCGUUCGACGAUUAG